GUAUUUUGCUGUUUCUGAUGGACAAUACAACGUGUGAAAUUGUACGUCUGCAAUUUUACACUUAAUCGUUAAUAUUAACAAAUAAAGUCAAAUAGGCUACAUAAACACAAAAAGAAAAAAAACGAUCAACACAUCCGGUGAUUGGGUCACUUCUGGUCCUUCCGUCUCCUGGGAACCUUCGUCUCUUUGGUUCCCACCUCUUUGGUUCCUACCUAAACAAAAAGCUCCGAUGGAGGAUUCCACCCUCUCACAAACAUCCCUGCUCCGGGCCAGCUGAUCCUCGCCGGUCGGCCGAGAUUAUCGCCAGAGAACCGAGCUUCUGUCACCGGGCCCGCCGUGUCUUUCCGGUCAACGUCGUUCCAGCCGCCGCUUAUUUAACGCGUUGCGCAACAGCCAGCGGCUAGCGGCCGCUCCCGGGGGCCCCUUCAGCGGGCAGAUGACAAGCGGUUUGUCGGUCACCGGCGGACUAAAACCGGUCUCACGGCCGCAGUUGGUUUCGGAUCGGUUCGUCUUGGCAUGUCGAGGGCGGGUUGUUGAUUGAAGCUAGCUAGCAGUUUUUGAAUUUCUGACCCUCCAGUCACCAUGAGUGCGAUGCGCGUGGACGCCAAAGUGGUCAUGCUGGGAAAGGAGAGCGUGGGCAAGACCAGCCUGGUGGAGAGAUACGUCCACCAUCGCUUCCUGGUCGGGCCCUACCAGAACACUAUCGGUGCUGCUUUUGUUGCCAAACCCAUCCAGGUUGGGGAGAAGGUGAUCACGCUGGGAAUAUGGGACACGGCGGGAUCAGAGCGCUACGAGGCCAUGAGCAGGAUCUACUACAGAGGAGCCCGGGCCGCCAUCGUCUGCUACGAUAUGACUGACACCAGCAGCUUCCAGCGAGCUCGGUUCUGGGUGAAGGAGCUGCAGAACUGUGAGGAACACUGUAAGAUCUACCUGUGCGGCACGAAGAGCGACCUGAUCCAGGGGGAUCGAAGCCUGCGGCAGAUCGACCACCACGACGCGCAGGACUUUGCUGACGAAAUCGGCGCCGUGCACGUCGAGACCUCCAGCAAAACGGGAAAUAACGUGGACGAGCUGUUCCAGAGAGUCGCGGAGGAUUACAACACCAGCGCCUUCCAGUAUAUGACAGGUGACUGUCCCACGGAGGAGACGGGAGUGGACUUGGACCAGAAGAAGGACUCGUAUUUCUACUCCUGUUGCCAUAACAACUGAUGCCGCGGGGCAAUAAGGGAAACGCCAAAAGGUGGAUACGGCGGGCGAGGGGGCGGCGGUGUGAUAACUGGAAUCCAAAUCACAGAAGAAAGGAAAAGAAAACAAACAAGCAGUUCUAUCAAAAACUUCUUAUGUUCAUUUCUUUGGCGCCAUAAAGAACUGACGGCUUCAAGACUUUAUGGACGAGGAUCCAUUGCAUGGCUGAUCACCCCCCCCCCGCACGUCUGAAUCGGUGGCGUUUAUCAAUGAGGAUCCCACUGGACGUGUGUGUGAGGUGUGCAGUGCUUCUGGGGGGGUGUUUACAGCAGUUUGUUUUUUGUUGACUCAUUUAACCUCGUUGUGGAAACCCUGUUUUCAGUCAUAUUUGAUGAAGUGUUUACAAAUGGAGUGACGCUACAAAGUAGAAGAAAUACUCAAAAUGAAUAAUUCUUUUGCAAGUUGGGUGAAACCCCAGAAUGAAUUGAUAACGAUGAGUCUUAUGAAGUCAUUAUUACUCCGUACAAGGUCACGUUUGUCCAAAGCAUUUACGAAGACGUUGGAUGUUCUGAUUUAAUUGGCGACUACAAUGACAACAUCUCUAAUUCAACUGCAUGGCCCGAGCUCACAGUUCAUUUUUCCACAUUUAAUCUCCAAACGAUCAAUUUUUAAAUUUCAAUUGCAAGGUACACGAUGUGGAAACGUGACGUGGAAUCUUUCUGUCAGUGAAACGUUCCGUCGAAACUCUGAAAGGUCAAAGAGACAAAGUUCCCCUCUUCUGUGGUGAGAGUUUCACCAACGAGGGAAAACAAACCCUGUGGUGAGUGAAUGUUGUAACACGGCUAAAAACUGUCGUCUUUAUGUCCUCACAGCUGUAUUCAACAUAAACACUCUUAAUUUAUUGCCUUUUAAGUUGUGCUGCCAGGAAGAUGUGGGGAAGUAAACUGACACAAUCUCAGCUCCCCUCAUGUUGCUGCUUUCAUGUGUUGAUUUUGAUGCACAAUAUUUUAUACUGAAAGUCUGUUUAAGACGCACCGGUGUAAAGUACAAAUAUGUUCUGUGUAAUUAAAAGCUUGUUGAAAUGUUUAAAAGUGCUGAAAGAUUUUAUAGUGAUUGAUCCAAACUGUUUUGCCUUUGUGUAUAAUUGAGCUUUUUUUAUGCAUUUGAUGAAAAUUGGCCACACGCUGUUUGUCAAAAUCUAAUGCAAAUCAUCACCAACCUUAACGUGAAAGCGGAGCGGAAUCUGCGGUCAAAGAACACCUUUAUUUGGGGUCAGUUUGGUGUUUCUAAAUGCUUUCUCUUAUUUCACUUGUAAGUUAUUUAGCUCAUUUCAAAUGUAUCGUGUCGUCACCCCGAACGAGAACAUUUACAUAAACGCUUGUGCCUCAAAAAGGGACGUUACGAUACGGCAAAUAAAAUCACUUGAAAUCAGCAAAAGCGUCACUGGAAUGAAAUAAAUAAGCGUUUAGUCCACCUCACGAAUUUAGGAACUUUCUGACGUGUCAGAAUUGAUAAUCAGGACAAAAAAUAUAGAUUUUCAAAAUCUCAUUGUCCCAUUAUAAAUGUAACUUUUCAUAUUAGAUUAUUUUCAACUGGUUAACCCAUCAUUCAUUUGCUGUACUUAUCACCAUGGUGUGAAUUAUAUGACUAGAACCUUUGGUUUUAUAUACGGCUGGGAAGUACAGAAUGAACAUGCAAUAUAAAUGUCUUUACCUGCAGGUUUAGUCAUUAUAGACCUUAUUGUCCCCACUGAUCAUUCGUUGACCUUGAUAAAGAUUCAUUUUCAUUGUGGUCCAUAGAUUAGUGUUGUGAAUGCAGAAACCCUGGAUUAAAAAUAAUAAAAGCUGUUAUAAUAAGGCUGAUUUAUUAUUUAUCAAAUGAAGGGUUUAAGAUGCAUCGUUUGAGUGCCUCGUGUUGACUGUGAAUGUAUUGAUACAUGUUUACACUCUCGUAUACUUUGGCUUGUAAUAGUAUUUUCUUUGCCAAACAUGUAUUUUAAAUCUUUACAUGCGGUGAGUCUGUUUCCACUUCAUCUCUUUUUUUAAAAACUCACCUGCACAGUUGUUUCUACUCAUUUCAGAUGAUUAGAGCUCCUCUGUGGCUUCCCCUUCCUUCUCAUGGCUGAAUCCAAAAGGCAACAUCUACAAGUUGUGAAGGGUGAAAAUUAAAGUUUACCGCGACAUUGUC